CAGUACUGUGCAGAUUUUAUUUCACAGAGGACAGUUCUUGCAUUUGCUGAUUUCACGUUAAUAAUAACGUCGUAUAAUUUAGUUUUUCACUUAUUUGACACUUUAUUUAAAAGUCGUUUGGUGAACCAGUUUUUCCUUAAAAGUUUGAAAAAAGGUACCUGUAUUCGUUACCUCAGGACCCUUAAGAAUGAAAAGAAAUAAAGGGAAAGUUGUUACGACUGAAAGAGAGUUUCGCUUUGAGUUCAAGCCGGGGAAACAGUCCUGUGUUCUCAGUGUGCCCGUGGAAUUCCCUGUGCAAGGCAAUGCCAGUGAUCUGCAUGGACGGCUUAUGCUGCUCCACAGUUUACCUUGCUUUGUCGAAAAAAAUUUAAAGGAUGCCCUUAGCAAGUUUAUAGAAGAGGGGACCAAUAAGGAUUAUGAUAGAGAAGCUGAAUUAGCCCUGGAAAGGCUCCGAACUGGAGAAGUGGACACUGACCUCUUGACCAACGCUUGGGCAAAGGCAUAUUCUGACACGACACUGGAGCACGCUAGACCUGAGGAACCCAGCUGGGAUGAAGACUUUGCUGAUGUUUACCACGACCUGAUCCAUUCUCCAGCCUCAGAGACUUUGCUGAACCUGGAGCACAACUACUUUGUCAGCAUCUCUGAGCUCAUCGGAGAGAGGGAUAUGGAGCUGAAGAAAUUACAAGAAAGACAGUCUUCAGAAAUGGAUAAAGUGAUGAAGGAGCUGGGAAAUACUCUAAGUGAUCAGGAUGUAAAUGCGGUCGCCUCUCAGCAUUUUGACUCUCAACAGGUACUGGAGAAUAAAUGGGCCAGUGAAUUGAAACAGCUGACUACCAUUCAGAAACAAGAAUACCAGGAAUGGGUGAUCAAGCUUCACCAGGAUUUACAGAACCCUAACAACAGCUCCAUCAACGAGGAGAUUAAGGCGCAGCCGAGUCAGCUGAGAGGAUCCCAGGAAGCCAACGAGAGGCUGUAUGAGGAGCAGAUACAGCUGGAAGAAAGCUUUACAAUCCACCUAGGUGCACAGUUAAAGACAAUGCAUAAUUUACGACUGCUGAGAGCUGAUGUGCUGGAUUUUUGCAAACACAAGCGCAACCAUCGCAGUGGGGUGAAGCUGCACCGACUCCAGACUGCCCUCUCCCUCUACUCCACAUCGCUGUGUGGUCUGGUUUUACUGGUGGAUAACCGCAUCAACUCAUACAGUGGCAUUAAGAGAGAUUUUGCCACAGUGUCCCAGGAAUGCACUGACUUCCACUUCCCUCGACUGGAGGAGCAGCUGGAGGUGGUCCAGCAGGUGGUGCUGUAUGCCAGAGCCCAGAGGAGCAGCAAGCAGAAAGAGCAGCCUGAUAUGCCCAGAAAUGGUGGUAAUGACGACAAGUCUAAGAACAUAGAAAGAAACCCCUCCAACAUUCUCCCAGGUGAAUUCUAUAUCUCUCGGCAUUCCAAUCUCUCAGAGGUGCAUAUCGUUUUCCAUCUGUGUGUGGACGACAAUGUCAGGUCCGGGAACAUCACAGCACGUGACCCUGCAAUAAUGGGUCUUAGGAAUAUCCUCAAAGUCUGUUGCACCCACGAUAGCACCACUAUCACCAUCCCACUGCUGCUGGUGCAUGACAUGUCUGAGGAGAUGACAAUACCUUGGUGUCUCAAAAGAGCAGAAUUGGUAUUUAAAUGUGUCAAAGGCUUUAUGAUGGAAAUGGCAUCCUGGGAUGGAGGAAUCUCCCGCACAGUGCAGUUCCUUGUACCACAGAGUAUCUCAGAGGAAAUGUUCUACCAGCUGAGCAACAUGCUUCCACAGAUCUUCAGAGUGUCCUCGACCUUGACCCUGACCUCCAAGUGAUGACAUCACAAAGAGAACAGCUCUGAAGAACAGAAAGGGAGAAGUUAGCUUUCCAAGUUUAAAGACUUACUAAUUCUGAACAAUGUUAUCGCUCACAAACCAUAGUUCUGGAUGAUACAUCACUACAUGGUCCAGUGGUUAAAGAAAAGGGCUUGAUAUCAGGAGGUUCCCAGUUUAAAUCCCAGGUCAACCACAUCCUUUGGAUGAGACGUAAAAUCAAGGUCCUAUUGUAAGUGACUCUAGUCUCUGUAAGUCGCUUUGGAUAAAAAUAUCUGUUAAAUGACUAAAUAAUAAUAAUAAUAGCCUUAUCCAGGCUCAGUAUUGUUUGUCAGGACCAAAUAUAUUUUCCCUGCCAGGAAGCAGUGUUCCCAUGUAAUGGCAAUGGUCAGUCUGACUGUGAUUUCCUGUUUAAUGAAUUUCGAGUACAAAUCCUCAACAUAUUUAUUUCAGGACUGCUUGGAAGAGCCAGGUUUAGGCAGACCCAGGAACAAGGGAGUACCUAGUUUGUAAUUCUAAUGUCCUGUAAUUGAACUGAGUUGUCUAGAUAUGUAUAUUUGUAUGUUAUAAUGUCUGUUUUGAAAGUGUAAUCAAAUUAUGCUAUGUAUGCCAUUGUGGAUACAUUUACUGGUAUGCACUAAAUAAAUAUUUAAACUUUACACGGCAACAAUUUGUCAGAUUGACAGCAGAAACAUGUUUUUGUUUUGUUUCAUUUUACCAAUGCACUAUGUAUUAUUGGAUUAGAUGCUGAAAAUGUAGGAUGUGCAUUAAAAAUUACAAUCUCU